AUGGCCAAUCUUUCCAUCCGCAACCUCACCAUCCAUCCGCUCGAGCUCGUCAGGUUCGAGCGCUUCGACGGCGAGCGCAUCGGCACCGCUUCCUUCCUCGGCAACGUCACGGGUGCCAUCACGGGCCUCCUCAAUGCCACCGAGUUCCCGAGCCACGAGACGCACGCCAAGGGUGACGCCCUCUCGGCCGAAGAUGUGGCCUUCCCCGUGGCCCCCUUCGCCACGCUCGAGACCAACGUCGCCGCCCCCGAUGACGGCCGCGACGAGGUCGUCCGCCUCACCUUUGCCACGGAGAAUCACCGCUAUCGGUCCGACGUUCCCAGCCCGUCGAGCAAGUCGGCCGUCAUGACGAAACUCGACGACGGCCCCCACGACCUCACCGUCGUCUACGUCCCCGCCCGCGCCCUCCUCGCCGUCUUCUCCUCGGCCCAGCUGAACGCCUGGAUGCGCGAGCUCCACGACGACUGGCCCCUCACCCUGCUCUCCAUGCCCGGCACCCACAACUCGCCCACCUGCUACACGGCCCUGCCCUCGGUCCGUUGCCAGGCCGUCGGCGUCCCCGAGCAGCUGCGCAACGGCGUCCGCUUCCUCGACAUCCGCGUCUCGGCCAACCCGGACGACGACGUCCUCACCCUCGUCCACAGCGCCUUCCCCAUCUCCCUCACGGGCAACAAGUACCUCGCCGACAUGCUCGACGACGUCUACCGCUUCCUCGACGAGAACCCCUCCGAGACGGUCGUCAUGAGCCUCAAGCGCGAGGGCACCGGCAAGGGCACCGACGGCCAGAUGGCCAAGUACCUCAAGGACGCCUACGUCGGCCCCAAGUCGGACCGCUGGUGGACCGAGCCCAAGGUUCCUACCCUCGGCCAGGCGCGUGGCAAGAUCGUCGUCAUCCGCCGCUUCGCCCUCGACGACGACAUGCGCCAGAGCUCCUGGGACGGCCGCGGCUGGGGCAUCGACGCCCAGGAGUGGCCCGACAACUGCGAGGACGGCACCGGCGGCAACGGCUGCUUCCGCAUCCAGGACUUUUACGAAAUCUCCGAGAGCGAGAACAUCGACAAGAAGAUCGACUUCAGCCGCGGCCAGCUCGAACGCGCCGCCGAGCAGGCCUUUGCCCUCGCCGGCAUGCCCGACCACCAACCCGACGGUCCCACGCCGCCCUUCUUCGUCAACUUCCUCAGCGCGAGCAACUUCUUCAACGCCACCUGCUGGCCCGAGCGCAUCGCCGCCAAGGUCAACCCGGCCAUCGUCGAGUACCUCUGCACCUGCCACGGCGAGGAAGGCAAGGGGCCCAACCGCCUCCGCGUCGGCGCCGCCGGCACCGGCAUCGUCAUCACCGACUGGGUCGGCGCCCACGAAAACUGGGACCUCGUCCGAUGCAUCGUCGGCAUGAAUGCACGCCUGCAGAUGCCGAGGUGA